AUGAGUAUUGAUUACAACAACAAUUCAGAUUUCAAAGAGCGGAUAAAACAUUACACGGAGUCAGCUAACGAUGUGGCUGGCAAUAUUUGGCAAAAAGAACAGGAUUUUCUUGUAUUAAUGGAGGCAUUCGGAUCCAUAUUGUCUACAAUCCAAAAGUCCUGUUCAGCAGGCUAUGCUGAGACAAACAUAAAAUUAUUUCAAGAUGUUUUUCAACGUGCAGCUAGAAGUAUCAUAGACGAUUAUAAACAAUUAGCGAAAGUGUUAUUCCUAAGCGAUUUAUACUUCAUAGCUGGAGACGAAAUAAACGCACAACUAUUGAUUCAACAACGUGAGCCAACCUAUAAAUUCCUCAAUGACAGAAUAUUCGAAGAAUUAGGCUACAAAAUAGUCAACGAACGGAACGAGUCUAAUGAGAAAGGUCAAAAUUUACCAUGCUACCCGAAGGAACGAGAUCACCAAAAAGCAGUUCAGACAUUAUACGAUAUUUAUGAUAAAGUCGCACAAAAUUUCGACAUGUCAAUCUCUAAUCUUUAUGAUUAUAUGAAGAAAAAAAGAAACAGGAAUCAAGAAGUCCAUAUUGCUCAAAGAUUGGUCGACUCCUAUCGUAACAAAUACAAAUCACAAGAUUAUCAACUAUUACAUUUCUCGACUACUUUACUGCCGGUAUUCACUAGUGAAGACAUCAAGAACACAGAGAAGAUCUUUAAUCGAUACAUUCAAUAUUCAAAACUAUCUCCGAAAGAGAAAAUGCGACCUACAGAGCAUCUCUGGAUACAACGACAAAACAAAUCAGAAGAAUGUAAUCCAUCGAAAGUGAACACACGUGAAGUAGGAGUGUUUAUUCAGCGGCUUCAGGAGAACAAAAGUCUAUGUAAAAUUCGACUUUACGAUAAAAAGCGUACCAUAAUCGAGUGUAACUUGAAACAGAUUCAUCGAUUCGAUGUUUAA